UGUUUAUUUACAAUUUCAUGUAUUUGUCACAUAUUUGUCAAAAAUAAGGAGGUUUAUAUUUUGUAUAGAGUAUGGGAUAAUCAUUAGUUGCGUUAAAAGUAUUCUACUCCGUGUAAUAAGUUAAUAAAUUGAAAUUGUUCGAGUUCAAAAACGCUAUAAAAAAAUAAUAGAAAUGAUUCGGAGUUCGCGAAUGGUGUUUGUGUAUUAUUAAAUCGUGUUUCAUUUACAUACCAUAAUGGUUUCUACAGAAAGAGAAUUCGGAAUAUUUAUAUGUAAUGAAUUACUUAAAGAUUUCUCCAAACAUCCUGAAUCUAGAACUGUCUUACUUGGCCAAAUUAUUAUAAUAGAUCAAAAGGUAUCAGACAAAACCUUGGCCAUAAGAUUUCUUAAAGAAAAUGAUACCUGGGAAACAACUGCUUAUUCUUGUCCUGAAGACAAAAUUGUUAGAAUAAGUGAAAAACUUUAUCCUUACAUAGCUUCUAUAACUUCCCCACAAGAAAGAGUAAAGUUAGCAAAAAACAGAGAACUAUGCAAUAAGCUGCAAAGAAUUGGUAAAGAUAUGGUUGUUGGGUUCAUUGAUACAAAUGAUAUUCUCCUUGGAACAGUCCGGUUUAAUGGUGUAGUUAAAGGUAUUGGACAUUGCUUCGGAAUUGAACUGCAUGAACGACGAAAAGACAACAUUUGCAGCGGCUCCUGCGCGGGAAUACAGUACUUUAAGACCGAACCGGGUUACGCAGUUUUCACGACAAUAGAAAAAAUAAUACCGAAAAAUAUGUCAAGUACCGCGAUAACCAACGGUACUUCCCUCAAUUCUAAACAAUCCGACAUCGACUUUUUGUUCGAAAAAAAUUUGUGUAUGUUGAAUGGAUACAACGACGACAGACCUAAAUACGAAGAGAUCGUUACCAAAUACGGCGAGUACCCAACAAAGAAAUUUUCGACAAACAGAAGUAUAAAUACUAAUUAUUUAAGAAGUUCCGUUUCAUUACAGAAUAUGUUGGAUAUAAAUAACGGUACUAUCAAUCCGAAUAACGAUUUCGAUCAAAACACCGUCUUACAACCGGAUAAAACGGCUCUGAUGAAGAAACCUAAAAAUAACACCGAAAUGGAUUUGAUCGACGUGAUCGGCGGAAAGUGGGCGGGUAGUACCGAUAAAAAACAGUUGGACGAUUUCACCGGCUCGAUGAGAAAACUCGAUAAGAACGAUAAUAUAAAAGAUAAAUAUUACCAUUCGGAAAAUCCGACCAAUACUCUAAGUAGGAGGAAUAAGAGCGUGAAUCCGUUCCAUCAUAUUUUGGACGGUAAUAGUACUCUGAAAAAAAGUACUGCGAAAUUUUAUACCAACAAUAUAUCUGAUAGUAAGGAGGAGCAUAAGACGUCUGCCGUGAAAACGAAAAAAAUAAACGAAAAGAACGAAAAUCCGAAAUCGUCAUCGACGUUUUACGUCAACGAAAAACCGAAAUUCGAAGAUCCAAUUCACGGUACUACCAACGAUUUGGUGAUUGGUAGUUUGGUUGAGGUGUUGAACGGUGUUAGUGACGAACCCAUAUAUGGAGUAGUCAGGUGGAUGGGUGUUGAAAACGGAACCAACUUCGUAUUAGUUGGGGUGGAACUCGAAGAAGAACAAACUCAUUUACCAUUAACUUUAUCAGACGGUGUAUACAAAGGCGAUAGAUAUUUCAAAUGUGCAGAGAAUAGAGCGAUUUUCGUGAGUCUAAGUCAGUGCAGAAAGGAUUCCAGAUUUCAGGAUGGAAUUGCGCAAAAAGAACACGAAGCUUCUGCGGUGGAACACAAUAUGGAUUGUCCGGUGAUUCCCGGAGCAGUCGCUCCUUUAUGUAUGCCAACAGAAGAAGACGUACACGCUGUUUGUGGAAAGUACAGAGGCAUCCAAGGACAUCACAACUCAUGUUAUUUGGACGUUACUUUAUUCGCAAUGUUCACUUACACGUCAGUGUUUGACAGUAUUUUAUUUAGGCCUAAGGACUCGUGUGAUAUUGACGACUACGAAGAAGUACAAAGGGUUUUGAGGGAAGAAAUAGUGAACCCGCUCCGGAAGAACCUUUUUGUGAGCGCUGAUCACGUAAUGAAACUGCGUCGACUGUUAGAUAGACUCAGUAACAUAUCCGGACUGACUAGUGAAGAAAAAGACCCCGAAGAAUUUUUGAAUUCACUGUUGGCUCAAAUAUUGAAAGCGGAACCGUUUUUAAAAUUGAAUUCCGGUCAAGAAACGUUCCAUUAUCAAUUAUUCGUUGAAAAAGACGCACAUUUGACGUUACCUACUGUACAACAUUUAUUCGAACAAAGUUUUUUGACAAGUAAUAUCAAACUGAAGGAAGUACCAAGUUGUUUGAUAAUACAAAUGCCAAGGUUCGGAAAGAAUUAUAAAAUGUAUCCUAGAAUAUUGCCUUCUCAGCUCUUGGACGUUACAGAUGUGAUAGAUGGAUCUCCAAGAAAUUGUAUAGUUUGCGGAGAGUUAGCUCGAUACGAAUGCAGAGAAUGUUUUGACGAUUGUAGUAACGCCGGUUUAGAAAGCACCGCUUUUUGUAUGGAAUGUCUAAAAAAAGCCCACCAACACGAAAAAAGGAAACAUCACAAACAUACCAAAUUAUCUGUUCCCAGUGAUUUUUCUUCUGUGUACGAAGUACCGCGAUUAUUUAUGGAACUAUUUGCUGUUAUUUGUAUCGAAACGUCGCAUUAUGUGGCUUUCGUUAAAUGCGGAGUAGGACACGAAGCGCCUUGGUGCUUCUUUGAUUCUAUGGCUGAUAGAUUAGGUGAAAAACAUGGUUUUAACAUACCUGAAAUGGUGGCGUGUCCGGACGUACCCCGAUGGCUCUCCGACGAAACCUUAUGUAAAAACCUUCACGAAGAAUGUCCCAACGAUCGACAUUUACCCGAGCAUGCUCGUAGAUUACUUUGCGAUGCCUACAUUUGUAUGUACCAAAGUUCCGAUGUGAUGAUGUACAGAUAAAUAGGUAUGGUACAUACAUGACUUAGAAUAAAGAGGAUAUAUUUUACUUUUGUAAUAAUGUACGUUUUCAUUUUUUAAUAUCUUGAUAAUAUUUUGCAAUAAUGAUAAGUCGAUGUUGAAAUUGUUCUGGAAAUUGUACGAUUAAAGACUCCUUAGAUACACAUUGUUAAUGAGGGAUUAUCAAGUGAUAAAGUAAACAAAAAAAUUAAAACUUCAAGUUCCCGUGCUACUUUCUUCCUAAUAUUUCGUCUUGGGUGGAAAUUUGAUUCUAAUAAUGAUAAAUUUAUGAAAAUAAAUGGCGCAGUCAAUAGGAUUAUUGUUCAAAAACAGUUUUAGGAUAGUCUUUCAGAGAAAUUACAGUUUUUGUCAUCAAUCAAAUCAAUUAGUGAAUAGAGGAAGUUCCCACGGUGCUUUUUUCAUAAUAUUUGGUCUUGGGGUCGAAAUUUUAUUUGAAUAAUGAUAAAUUUAUGAAAAUAAGUGGCGCAGUCAAUAGGAUUGUUGUUCAAAAACAGUUUUAGGAUAGUCUUUUAGAGAAAUUACAGUUUUUGUCAUCAAUCAAAUCAAUUAGUGAAUAGAGGAAGUUCCCACGGUGCUUUUUUCCUAAUAUUUGGUCUUGGGGUCGAAAUUUGAUUCUAAUAAUGAUAAAUUUAUGAAAAUAAGUGGCGCAGUCAAUAGGAUUGCUGUUUAAAACCAGUUUUAGGAGAGUCUUUUAGAGAAAUUACAGUUUUUGUCAUCAAUCAAAUCAAUUAGGGAAUAGAGGAAGUUCCCACGGUGCUUUUUUCCUAAUAUUUGGUCUUGGGGUCGAAAUUUUAUUUGAAUAAUGAUAAAUUUAUGAAAAUAAGUGGCGCAGUCAAUAGGAUUGUUGUUCAAAAACAGUUUUAGGAGAGUCUUUUAGAGAAAUUACAGUUUUUGUCAUCAAUCAAAUCAAUUAGUGAAUAGAGGAAGUUCCCACGGUGCUUUUUUCAUAAUAUUUGGUCUUGGGGUCGAAAUUUUAUUUGAAUAAUGAUAAAUUUAUGAAAAUAAGUGGCGCAGUCAAUAGGAUUGUUGUUCAAAAACAGUUUUAGGAUAGUCUUUUAGAGAAAUUACAAUUUUUGUCAUCAAUCAAAUCAAUUAGUGAAUAGAGGAAGUUCCCACGGUGCUUUUUUCCUAAUAUUUGGUCUUGGAGUCGAAAUUUGAUUCUAAUAAUGAUAAAUUUAUGAAAAUAAGUGGCGCAAUCAAUAGGAUUGCUGUUUAAAACCAGUUUUAGGAGAGUCUUUUAGAGAAAUUACAGUUUUUGUCAUCAAUCAAAUCAAUUAGGGAAUAGAGGAAGUUCCCACGGUGCUUUUUUCCUAAUAUUUGGUCUUGGGGUCGAAAUUUUAUUUGAAUAAUGAUAAAUUUAUGAAAAUAAGUGGCGCAGUCAAUAGGAUUGUUGUUCAAAAACAGUUUUAGGAGAGUCUUUUAGAGAAAUUACAGUUUUUGUCAUCAAUCAAAUCAAUUAGUGAAUAGAGGAAGUUCCCACGGUGCUUUUUUCAUAAUAUUUGGUCUUGGGGUCGAAAUUUUAUUUGAAUAAUGAUAAAUUUAUGAAAAUAAGUGGCGCAGUCAAUAGGAUUGUUGUUCAAAAACAGUUUUAGGAUAGUCUUUUAGAGAAAUUACAGUUUUUGUCAUCAAUCAAAUCAAUUAGUGAAUAGAGGAAGUUCCCACGGUGCUUUUUUCCUAAUAUUUGGUCUUGGGGUCGAAAUUUGAUUCUAAUAAUGAUAAAUUUAUGAAAAUAAGUGGCGCAGUCAAUAGGAUUGCUGUUUAAAACCAGUUUUAGGAGAGUCUUUUAGAGAAAUUACAGUUUUUGUCAUCAAUCAAAUCAAUUAGGGAAUAGAGGAAGUUCCCACGGUGCUUUUUUCCUAAUAUUUGGUCUUGGGGUCGAAAUUUUAUUUGAAUAAUGAUAAAUUUAUGAAAAUAAGUGGCGCAGUCAAUAGGAUUGUUGUUCAAAAACAGUUUUAGGAUAGUCUUUUAGAGAAAUUACAGUUUUUGUCAUCAAUCAAAUCAAUUAGUGAAUAGAGGAAGUUCCCACGGUGCUUUUUUCAUAAUAUUUGGUCUUGGGGUCGAAAUUUUAUUUGAAUAAUGAUAAAUUUAUGAAAAUAAGUGGCGCAGUCAAUAGGAUUGUUGUUCAAAAACAGUUUUAGGAUAGUCUUUUAGAGAAAUUACAGUUUUUGUCAUCAAUCAAAUCAAUUAGGGAAUAGAGGAAGUUCCCACGGUGCUUUUUUCCUAAUAUUUGGUCUUGGGGUCGAAAUUUGAUUCUAAUAAUGAUAAAUUUAUGAAAAUAAGUGGCGCAGUCAAUAGGAUUGCUGUUUAAAACCAGUUUUAGGAGAGUCUUUUAGAGAAAUUACAGUUUUUGUCAUCAAUCAAAUCAAUUAGGGAAUAGAGGAAGUUCCCACGGUGCUUUUUUCCUAAUAUUUGGUCUUGGGGUCGAAAUUUUAUUUGAAUAAUGAUAAAUUUAUGAAAAUAAGUGGCGCAGUCAAUAGAAUUGUUGUUCAAAAACAGUUUUAGGAUAGUCUUUUAGAGAAAUUACAGUUUUUGUCAUCAAUCAAAUCAAUUAGUGAAUAGAGGAAGUUCCCACGGUGCUUUCUUCCUAAUAUUUAGUCUUGGGUGGAAAUUUGAUUCUAAUAAUGAUAAAUUUAUGAAAAUAAGUGGCGUAGUCAAUAGGAUUGUUGUUCAAAAACAGUUUUAGAAGAGUCUUUUCGAGAAAUUACAGUUUUUGUCAUCAAUCAAAUCAAUUAGGGAAUAGAGGAAGUUCCCAAGGUGCUUUUUUCCUAAUAUUUGGUCUUGGGGUCGAAAUUUUAUUUGAAUAAUGAUAAAUUUAUGGAACUAAGUGACGCAGUCAAGAGGAUUGUUGUUUAAAAACAGUUUUAGGAUAGUCUUUGAGGGAAAAUACACUUUUUUUUUAUUAGUGACUAGAGGAAGUUCUUAAAAUCAGUGUAAUUUUAUGAAAAGGAAAAAAAUAAGAGCUAAAGUUAGAAAUAUGAGAAAAGAACUAGAACAAAACUAAAGAAAUAAAGAAACAUGAAAUUCAAAGGAUGCACCAAGUCAUUCAUAAGAGAAACUCUUCAUUGAUUGAGUCUUAUAUAAAGAACAAAAACCCAGAGAAGACAAAACAAAAUUGAGCUACUUCAAUAUUGUUGAACUAUACAUGAAGUAUGACUGAGUUACAAAUAAUCUUCUUAAAGUCUUUUAAUCAGUCAUAUUAGUGUUUACAAGAUGACAAAGAAAAGAAGGAGAAAAAAUAGGACAGGAACAUUUUUUAAUAGAAAUAGUUUAACUAUAAUUUGUGUAGACAAUUUGGCCACUAUUUUGACUGUCGAGGCUACUAUUUUGACCUGCAGACUAGAUGUGUGUAUCUAGAGAGUCUUCAAUCUAUGAUAGACAUUAUUAUAUUUGUUUCAAAAUAUCUACAAGAAAAACUUUUAGUAUUAACAAACAAAUUAAACAAUGAUAAUGUACUGUUAAUUAAUAUUCUGUUAUUAAUUAUCAAAUAAGAUUUAAUACUGGUUUAGAAAUUUUUCAAAUUCUAUAUCUGAUACUUGCUUCGUGCAAAUAUUUAAAGACGUACAAAAAUGUUAAUGAAAAGGUUUUAUAUAACUAUAAAUUAUAAAUAAAAAAAUUGAUAGUUAUAUAUUUUCACAAAAUCUUGUUAAAUAUGGGUAUGUUCAUAUUCUAUGAGAUUCACCAUGACAAGAGGAUUCUUUUCAAUACUCACUUAUGUACAUAUACACAAAGUAACUAAAAAAUAUUAGAAAAUACUUAGAGCAAACGUCUUUUUUUUUGUUUAAAUUUCAUAUGGAAGAAAUUUUGUUGUACAGUUUUGAAAAACUAUUUAUAUUGUUCCAAUCCAUCCAUACUAAACAGACUGUUUACACUCACAAUUACACUGAGACUGAGAGUAAACUGUUUACCUUCAGUCUCUGAAGACUCACUUUUUGGUUAUCGAAACGCGCGUCAGACAGUGUAAUUGUGAGUGUUGGUGUAGUGGUAGUGUUAACAGUGUGUUCAGUAUGAAUAUCACCAACGAUUCCAAAACUUCCAACUUAACUAUAUAUUAUAUUAAGUUCAUUGAUGUGCCCUUAUUAUGUUAAUCUUUAUUAAAAAUUAUGAAUAAUAGUUGCAUGAAAAUUUUCUAAGGUUAACAACAGUUUUUAUCAGUAACUAUACUUUUCAAUUAAUUGCAACAAUACUGAAAUAAUGAAAAUAAUUUCGAUCUCUGAAGAUGAUGACUUAUCAAAACAGUGUAAUUGUUAAUUUUGAUAUAGUGAUAGUAUAUAGUGUGUUCAGUAAAACAGUAGAUGAACUUGAUUUUUCUGAAUUACAGAAACUUAUAAAAAUGAACGUACAAUACAUUUAUUUAUGUUAAAAACAAUCUUGACUUUUUAAAUGUUCCAUUUUUAGAUUUUUACAAACUAAAUAGUGUUUUAUGUAACAUACUAUGAAAACAAAAUUAUUUUAUUUCAACUUAUUAAUAUUGUACCCUAAAUUUAAACAAUUUUUUUUCUCAUUGCAUUUUUAGUGUAUUUCAUUAAUUGUUAUUUUAUAUUUUAGGGGUAGAAAGUGAAUUUCAGGAGUGAUCAACUGUGAUUUGUUAAUUUAUUUCACUAAUUUUACAGUUAAUACUUAAAUAUUAUCAAAGUGGCAGUGAGAUUAAUGCAUACAGUCAUAAAAUUAAUGUAUAGAUAGAUAUAGAUAUGAAUAUAGCAAAAGGCAACUAGAAAAUCAGCUCGUUUGUUAUUAUAUUUUUCUAUUAUAUGCUUCUAGAGGCUUUUAUACAGUUUAAUCAUGUUGACGACGAUGUAUUUCCGGCUGGAAGGACCAAUAUAUGUGUUGUUAACAGCUUUCGGCUUAAACAAGAUAUAUUGAAACUUCAUUUUCUUUUUGAAAAUAUUAUAAACUUGUUUUUACCUCAUCGAAAUGUAUACUAUGUAGAUUUUUAUUGCUGUUGAUAUUCAAAAGAUGAAAAUCAGUAUUUUAAUUGUUAAUAAUUAUAAUAACGGUUUAAUUAGGAUCAUUUAUUUUGGAUUCUUAUUAAAAAUGUUUAUACUUUGUUGUAUAUAGUUGAAUAAUAGUGUACAAAUAAACAUUUACUGAUCUAA